AUGACUCGUUAUUUCUGCUGCGGAAACUACUUCCCAGGGUAUCCUUGCUACGGAACCAACUUCCAUGGGACCUACAGAGCCACCCCCCUGAACUGCGUUGUGCCUUUGGGCUCUCCCCUGAACCAUGGCUGUGGGACCAUCUACAGCUCCCGCAACUACUGCUAUGGUGGCAUUAGUAACUUCCAAAAUCCGGGCUGUUGCUACGGCAGCAGUUUCUACAGGCCUUGGGGCUCUGGCUCUGGCUUCGGCUACAGCACCUACUAA